GUGACAGUGAAGGUUGUGCGUGUGUGUCGGGUUGCGAUGUCGGACAUAGGAAGCGGUGAUGAAGGUUCAAGUUCGCAAAGUAAGUGAUAAUGUGAUGCAAAUCGUGCAUAUUUGAUUGUGGUACAAGUCUGAAUAUUUUCAACAUUAAAAACUGUACAAACAACAAGGGCUAUUGAAUAAAUUCUCCCAUUUAUGAUUGACAUCUGAUCCAAAAUGGCGUAUUUCAAUUGUUCUGGUCGGAAACUUUGCUAGUUUUCGAUCAAAUUUCCGCCUCCAGUGCUUUGAUACAACAUUUUUAAUGCUGAAAAUUGUGAAACAUUAGCAACAAUUUCCAAAGAGUCUGAGAGAAACCCCUGAAAGUGUGUCAAAAUUGGUGCAAGACCUGCAUAAGUUGAAUAUUGUCAUAGUCUAAUUGUGACCUUGGACAACGUCAGUUUGGUUGCCUUCUACCUUAACGCUUUGUCAGAGCAAGGGAAUCUGACCCUUCGAUAGAUUUUCAAUGUUUUUGAUCAAUUUUUGCUAAAAAUGUGUUGGGUGAUGUCCGCUGUUAAAAAAGAAAUUUACACUUUACAAAUCGUGCUUACAAAAAUAAUUAACAAGUUCUAAUUGGAAUUUUUUAGAGUUUCACCAGGGAAUGGAGCAGGGAAGUGAGUAUGAUUCAGGCCAGCAGGGGCAAGUGGAGCAAGAGCUGGCCACAAAAAUGCUGCAGAUACAGAGCAAGAGGUUCUACUUAGAUGUGAAGCAGAAUCGAAGGGGACGUUUCAUCAAAGUAGCUGAGAUUGGGGCUGAUGGCAGACGAUCUCAGAUAUUCCUUGCUCUGUCAACUGCAGCUGAAUUUCGUGACCAUCUAUCUACUUUUAGUGACUUCUAUUCUUCACUCGAUGGCGAUACGGUCUCAGGUCCUCCUAAUCCGGACAACGUGCCCGAGGAUGGCAAGCUGAAGAGCGAGAUGAUGAUCAAGGACAACCGGCGUUACUACCUGGACCUGAAGGAGAACUCGCGGGGCAGGUUCCUGCGAGUCUCCCAAACGAUAACUAGGGGCGGCCCUAGGAGCCAAGUGGCCAUCCCAGCACAGGGCAUGAUCGAGUUUCGGGACGCGCUCACCGAUCUGCUGGACGAGUUCAGCGCCGACGAGCACGCGUACAAGCCGGACCUGCCGGAAGGCAGGCAUAUGCACGUCGACAACAAGAAUUUCUAUUUCGAUAUUGGUCAAAACAACCGUGGCGUGUACAUGCGCAUCAGCGAAGUGAAAACGAACUUCCGAACAGCCAUCACCGUACCUGAGAAGAGCUGGCCCCGGUUCAGGGACAUCCUUUCCGACUACUGCGACAAGAUCAAGCAGCCGGCCGGGGGCGGCUCUGCCGCCGGCGGCGCCACCCAGCAGCAGACUGGUCAGCAGGGCGGGGGAAUCUCUUCGCAGGACCAGCCGCACCCUUUGGUUGGCAAUAAUACCCAACAAGACAGCGGGACAAGUUUAAAGUAGGCUAGGCGGCCAAUUUUAGACUACUAGAAUUUAUUAAUUAUAACAAAUUAUAAAAAUUGGAUAGGAACAACGGCUGGUAUUUCCAUCCCCAACUUUUGUUUCUUUCUAGAUGUAGGCCCUGCCUUACCCAAUCCUCUUUCAAUUCACGCAUAAAGGCCAACAGCUCAGUAGUUAGAGAAGAUUGAAAAAAAAAACGAGUAACAGAUAGUAUUAGAAAGCUUUUAAUCGAAAAGAAAUGUCUAGUAGUUUAAAAACUCGACGUGCUGUUCUGUCACGUAAGAGCCAAAUGAAACUGGAAGUACUCAUUGCGAGUAAGGGAGUGUGUCUUUCUGGUUAUGUCUGUAACUUUUUCUCAUUCUGCUGAGCUUCACAUUAAUGAAAGGUGGAAGGCCAACCGUUGUAAUUUGAUCAGUUUGAGGAGUUGGUUCUUGUGCAGUGUUACAAACACUAUAAAUGUUAGAUUCUCUAUUAUAUGUUACAAAAUGAUACUAAAUUAUUUAUUUAGUUGUUUUUAAGUUGUUACGGUAGUAAGUGAAGAUGAUUUUUUGAACUUUUGGGUAAACUGUAGUCGCCCGAAGAAAAUGCAUUUUCUCAACGAUCCAGCAAAGUUUUCUGUUUGGAAUGUUUAGGUGAGAUGGUGAGAGUAAAGAGAAGAUUCUGUGUAUUGAGGAUUCAUAUUGAUGACUAAGGCCAAUAUUGGCUGCUAUACUAACAAACCUUGAAUAUAUUUCUUGAGAUGCUUAGAUUUAAAUUAAUCUAAUCUCAAUUGUGAAAGGUAGAGAUCCGAUUUUAUUUUUCAAGUUUUAUGUGCCACAUGGAACUUACCAACGAACACCUAUUUUUGUAUUCUGACUCUGAAAAUCACUUAUCUUGAUUGAACUAUCAAAAGAGUUGAAUCUGAUUUACUUUUAAGAAUUUUUCCAAGGUGAUAUAAUAUUCCUCUUUAUCCUGCCAUUCUUAAAAAUCAUCUAGACAUUCCACAAGAAAUUGUUGAGAAACCUGUAAUAGUACUUAACAAAGAAUUGUUAAAUGUCUUGUGGUAUAGGUUGUUUUCAACAAUAUUCAUAUAAUUGAAAUAUUGAGCACUCAAACUGCCAUAAUUUUAAGAUUUGUUUGUUUAUAUCCUUUUUCAAUUGCUUGAAUUGUGCAAAACUACAGUUUAUUCAAGAAGGAUCUUAUUUUAUUUUAAAGGAUUGAUGGGCACCACUGUUUCUCUCUUUGUGAUUUUUAUAUAACGUUAUUGACAGUAUUAAGCCAGCUGUCGACUUUCUGUGAUUAUUUUAACUUUUUAAACCGAAGCUUUAUACUCUAUUGAUUGAAAAAUUGUACUGUUUCCUUUUUUGUUACAUUGGAAAAAUAAAUAUUUUGAAAAAAUAUUUAUAUUUUGUUCGAUGGGAGUUUUUUUCAAAAAAAAAAAUAAAAAUCCGAAUGGUGCAGAACCUCAAAUUUGCGAUACUUGGAAGAAUAGUGAUUUGUGAACUACCUUUCAUGAACUACGUCGAAAUCAUUUAGUUUUCAGUAGUGUGUAACUUUAUUUGUGUAUAGAAACCGCUUAUGUAGUCCAAAUAAGCAUGUGGCAAUUAAAAGUUUGUUGUUUUGUGUCGUUUUGUAAUGCGUUUUUCAGUUGGCUUUCUUCAAAAGUAUAUUUGAUAGUUUUGACACUCUUUAAGGUAUUCACUGCCAUGUAAAGUGCUUAGCAGCGUAUUUUUGACAAUAUUCUAUCGCGCGAUCCAUCGUUAUUUGAUCUAUUCGAAGAAUUCCAGUUUGCUAACGAAUCCAAGCAUAUUCGACAUUAUUGAUUGGGUGAUUGUCAAAAAGUGAGAUUUAAGAUAGGCAUGUAAAUAGAUCAUUGACAUAAGGACCCAUUUUGAGCGAGAGUUUAUUGGACUUGAUUCUAACAUUGCACAAUUGCUGUUUACACUAGGGCACAGUAACAAUCAUGAGGUCUCUCUGUGUGUAGUUGAGUAGUAGAUAUUUUAGAUCUCUUCUCUUCAGCAUAUGCAAAAGUUCAAAUGUUGUCCAUAUAUCUUGUCAAUGGAUGUAAGAUAUGUAAAAUGUAUAUAGUUUGAUUAUCAGUGUGCUUAGAUUCGUUUCAGUGUUACAACACAUUGUUAGCAAUUACUUUUAUUACAUCAUUAUUACUGCAUGAAAAACUGAAACACGUCGUUUUAAUGUCCUAUGUUUUAGCCACUUGCUAUAAAUCUUUUGAAGAUUUGGGUGAACAUUCAAUUCAACAUUGGUAAGUUAAUAAAAUAUAUUUUAUGUGCUUUGACACACCAGAGUGAGUCUAACAAGAUGUGACUACUAGUUUCAGAUAAUUUAGAGUUCUUAUAAUACUAAGUAUGUGUAUAUUAUCAAAAAUAUUUAGGUGUCAGUCUCCAUUUUUUCCCUAAUUUAAUUUAGAAUUGUGGCUCCACAGUCAGACGAUUAUAGGAAUAUGCUAUAAAGAAACAUUGGUUACAAGAUUUGAACAAAACGGUUUAUUAUUGCCUAAUUAAGUAACCAGUUUGGCAUUGCUACAAACAGAACUGAUUUUGGAGCUACUUAUUUCCAAUUCCCAAUCGAAUUAGUAAGUAGUGUACAGUAGUAACAGUCAAGUAUGGAUGAUAUUCAAAUGUUGCUGCCAGAUUUUUGUCUACUAUACACAGUUCUGAACAAACAAAAAUAUAACACUAUAUAGCGCAACAUAAAGCUCUACUAAAUUGAACUCGCGAAAAUGAUAUUGAGCUAAAUAAGCCUUAUGGCGCUACUAAACGGGCAAUAUUUUUCUAACCCCUAUACCAUCUCACUUUUCAAACGUAUUUUCAUGUAUUGUAAGCUGCCGCAAUGCGUACAAUUUCGUCAGUUAUGUGCCUACACAUUUUAGGUAAAAUUGCCAAGAUGUCGAGAUACAAUUGAUAUAUUUGAGAUGUAUAGCCAGCCCAAAAAUAUUGCACGAUUAGAUGCUCCAGUAGAAUAAUUUCGCUCGUUGCUGAGAUACUGUGUUUGAGGUUUCAUUUUCAAAACCGUUUUUUCCGACAACAUAAGUUUUUGUAAUAGCAUGCAUUAUAAUAUUAUAUUGUAUUCUUCAAUCUAAUGUGUAGUUACAGCCUAUAAUCCCGCUAAAUUUAUGCGGUAACUUUUUUGCUAGUACCGCUCCAUUUAUAGAAAAAAUAUGAAUGAGAGAGGGUUUUUAAGUAAAAAAGGUACUCAACAUUUAGACGAUUAAUCCCCUUUUCGAAAUAUUUGCAUUUCAACAUUCAUCAAUAGCUUGUGUUGCAGGGUAAAACGAACGUGAAAAUUAAAGUUCAACACACUAUAUUAUGAUCACCUGGCGACAUUCUUUUGUGGCAGAUUUGACUAUUAUUAUAUUCACGGGUUCUAUAGGAUUGAUUUUUGGUACAUUUACUACCCACAACCCUGUAUAUGAAACCAAUAGUCCAAAUCCUUCUGAAACAUAAGGGGAAUAUUGAGAAAACUUCUAUGUUGUUACUCUGAGGUAGUGCACAUUCAUACACGGUACUUGCGGAUUCAGGAAAAAGUGUUUUGUUAUAAAACCAACAAAAACAGUUGUCACAUAGCAGUUGUGUUGUUCCAGUUAUUCCCGUUCACUGUGUAUCUAAUCUAGGUGGUGCCCGAAACAAGAAUGUGUUUAACAUGGAGAGAUAUAGUGAUUCUAUUUUCACGGGUAUAGCUCAGAAGUAUAUACAUUCUAUGAAAAUAUUGUGAUUAGACAAUUUUAAAUUAUGCUGUUUCAUUUCUACUAGCUAGCGAGCGAGCUCGUAUGUCUCAUAAUACAAUUCAGAAUCUUUAUUCCCAAAACAUGAAACUAAGGGAUCCUACAUUUGGUCUAAAAUUGUAGCCUAAACCUUGGUCCAGCUAUAUAUUUGCGAGGUUUGUCCUUUACAUGAUGAAGUUUAAAACUCAUGGAAAUGAAUGUAUAUAAUAAAUUCUUUGAUUUGUCAUUGAAUACCUAUUUAUAAACGAAGUUGCUGAACAUUCUCUCACCUAGUUUUUUUUGUCAAAAAUAUAUAUAUAUAUAUUAUUUCAGAAAGUUACGAAGUAUUUGUGAUUUGAACAAAACAAGAAUAUCAAUUACGAUGUAAUUCCUUUGGUGAUUACCAUGUAAUCAUAUCAUAUUAUACUGUAAUUGUGAAAUACUUUAUGGAAAUGACAGUUUUGAUCACAAAUACCUUAUAACCAAUAAUUACGAUUUGUCUAUUUUCUAUAGUAGGUUAUUUGGAAUAUCCACUGGAAAUGAUGCGGAUUACCUUUAUAUUAACGGCGGACUUUAUGAUUAGAGCUGAGCCAAAGCGUUCUUUCUGGUAAUUCGAUUAUCUAGAACAUCGAUGUGAGCUCUGCGGAAUAGAAACCGUGGGAAUUGAGUUCGAAACCGUUGGGAUCAAAUCCUUCGGGACCUUCGGAAUCCAUUCCUUCAAUUCCUAUUGCGUUACGAACCGUUCAUGACCGACCCAGCUCUAGACUCUGCGAUAGGUUCAAUCUACCUCAGUUCAGAAAAGAUUGGAAACGUGUUAAACGUUAUUUAAUUAAAUUAUUUUUAGAGCUAAAGUAUAUGUCAUACACUACACUGAAUUGGUUGUCCCAAAACAUUCUUUUCCUAGUACGUGGCACUCAAAUCAAUACCAGCAGUGUAAAUUAUAUACAUAUGUACUUGAGUAAUAACUAUAAAAAAUGUCUCUAUUUGCAAAAAGAUGACAGGAGUUCCAUAAAACAUGAUUGAGUUUGCACUCCUACACUGCUGUGGAAGGAGUAUCACUCAGGUUUACCAACCUGACAUUUUGGUAGAGGUUUUUUGUGGCCAAAUACGGAUGAGUCGAUUCUUUCAAGAAUAAUUUAUUUAAACUGGAUGUCGCAUGGCACAGUUUUUUGCUUUCUGUUACAUCUGAAUGACCUUUAUAUAGUUGCAGUCUAAUAAAAAUGUCAAGAAGUUGAUUUUCUUGUAGUUGAUGUCAGAAGAUCAAGCGUGACAAAUGGUAUCACCCUUGUACAAGUCGGAAAUACGAGCUCGCAAUUUUCAGGAAUAAAACUCGUUUUUCAUCAAAAUUUUAUAUACUAUGAAAGCGAAACUAUAUAAGAUUGUUUUUCCUUAUAUACAAGAUUUAUUUUGUCUGCUCUUAGAUUUUUUAUUUUUGUAGUAUCCUAGUCAUCUAAGGUUUACUUGUUGGGCUGCUUUCGUUUUAUAUGCCAGGAUCACUAUAGCCGAGAGUUUCAUAUAUAAACAUUUAUUAACUGUAUGCAUAUAUUCAAAACUAUCGUAUGGAAAGCAGUCGAGAAGGUAAUACGCAAAUCUUGCUGUUAAAACCACGAACAUAGUGCUAGUGUAUUGUAGUGCAUUGCAGCAUUGUUAUACAAAGUGAAUAGUUCAUAGUCACUAAUUAAUUGCACCAAUAAUUUCUCAUAAGUGCUAAAAAAUUAUAAAGUGGAUACUUUUUUGUCAUGGAAGCAUAUUUUUUUGUUCCAACAAGAUGUUGCAGAUUUCAAGUUUAGUUCAUAAAUGUACAUUUUAAGCUGUAUUCUGAAUAACAUCAAUCAAUAUCAUAUUCAAGAUCUACCCAAAUGUAAUGUACAAAAAUACGUGAUAGUCCAGGUACAUCAAAGAGGUUUGUUUCCCUACAAACUUCAUUAACGAAUAUAGUUUUAUUGAUGAAGCAAAGACAGAGACAGAUUCAGAGAUGUAAUCAAAGUGAAUCUACAUUGUUCAAUGGUGAAUCCUUCCUUGUCUUCUAGAUGAUUAACGGAAGCAUGUCACAUUUCCUCCUCCAAUUUUGGAAGACAUUUUGCCAAUUUAGUUGCAAUUUGAAAAUUCUGCGACUCAGCAUUCAGGUCACUAUUAGUAGGUGAUGCGACCACACAAUGAUAAUGUGGAGAGUAGUGGGCUCCCAUAGGUUAUUCUAAGGAUAUGAUUUCGUUUAUCUGAAGCGACAUGUCAGGUAGUAUAUAAGUGAUAUAUGCAGAAAUCGUUUUCCCAUUCAGCUUUAUUUGACUAAACAACUAUUUUAUGUAAAAUAACAUCUAUGCUAUGGUGGUUUAGGUAUCUUUGUAAAGUUGAAUCGCCGCAUAAUUUGUUAGAAUACGCUGAGUGUAGGCAUCUAUUUGCGAUUAAUAAAAUGUAUUAUGCUGAAAAAUGUUUCGUUAGAAUACGCAUCCCGAACCUCGUUUGAUAUUGAAUCAGGAAUGUUUGUUGUCCAGACUCGAAAUUAUGAUCCUUUAUAGGUUGGUGUCUACAUUAUGACCAUGAUUUGACUUCUUACCUAUAACUAUCGAACCGACAUGUUCAUCACAAAUAAUGUCUGCACCUUAAUAACUUGAGUUCCUUAUAUAUCUAACCAUAUACGAGCACAGUAUAGGUGGGACGAAAAAUGUGUUUGUACUACUUUUACCGCCACAGGAAUGUAGACAUCACUCCUUCCAACCUGAAUCGUACAAAAUUUUGUUGAUCAAGUACAACAAAUCAUAAGUCCUUGCUCUGGACACGAUACUCCUAUUCGUUAGAUUUUGCGAUGGGGCGAUUCGACAUUAUUUCAUACGCCCUAAAAAUUUCCCAAAAGUAUAAACUAAAAAAUAGCUUUUUAGCGAUAUGAAAUUAUGUAUUAUAAAGAUGAAUUAAUGUUGCGAACAGAUUAUGUGUACUAAGAUUUCCAAAAACUUUAGCUGUGGCCUAGGGAUUACAGUUUCAGAUAUGUAGAUGCAAUGUCAUCAUCAUUUUGGCAAGAUGCUCUUUGGAAACGUUUUGGUAAACCAGCCCAUGAUUUAUCCCUUGCUUUAUUUUCCAUGUAUUAUAAAAAACUAAAGUAAAAGGUAUAUCAAUUCCUGGAGAGUCACUGUGAUCCCAAGGCUGCGGAACUUAGAUUUGUUGCUCUGAAUUUUGUUCACUAGAGGCAUCACUAAAAACACCCAACAAUUUUUUCAGUAAAAUUCUGGUGUUUUUAUCGUCUCUGCAAACUGCACCAAUGUUAAAAAUCAAUUAAUCUUAAAAGUUCAGAGCAACGUUACAUGGGAAGAAGUUUUUAUAUAUUUAAACAAAUGAACUUUCAAAAGUACGAAGUAUCUGCCAUCCACUGAAGAAAUAUUCAUUUGUUCCAUUAUGAAUGAUUUUAUUGAUUGUACUUUUAAAAGUUUGGAAUCAUUUCAGAUUAAUGGGAAUACUUGUAUAGAUUUGUGUAGAAUUCUAUUUAUGUUUACAUGCAAUGAACAUAGAUAGAAAUAUGGCUGUAAUAAGUGUGUCAGUUUCAUCAUGACCAAAAUGUAAAAGUAUAUUUUUGUAAGAAAUUAAGUUGAUGUUUUGUGUUUGAAAAUCUUCAUUUUCAGUGGGGCUAACACUUUGGUAAUGUAAUCGACAUAUUAGCAAUUGUGCUAAUAAUAAAGCCUUGCUUACAGAUAUUUUGUGAUUUGGGCCGAAUGAAUGUCACUAAUGUCAAAUGCAUGAUUUACAUAUUGCAUGACUCUUUCCGCUGGAUAGAUAAUUUCAUUUUUGGCCUCAUUGAAAGUCAAUAGAUUUUUCGAUUGUUUAGACAUAUUUUUAUUGCUUUGUGUUGACCUAAACAAAACCUUGACUUUUUGGUCACUUGAAACGAUAAAAUUGAUUCACAAGUUCAUUAAAUAUAGAUUAAGGUAAAGUGUUUGAAAUAAGAAAAAAUCAUUGGUAGAUGUCAUAUUAGGUAGCGUUUUCCUUUAUGGCUAUAUGUUUAUAACAAUGUCCAUAAGUUGUUUUGUGACAUUUGUUUCUUGUGUUUGUUUUGCUUUAUCAGUAUUAUUGAAUUGAUUAACAAAUCUUGUAUGGGAUAUUGUUAUAAAAACAUUAUUUGGUAAUGUAAAAGGCGUUUUAAUUGAAAAAAUUCAAUGAUAUAGAUGGUAUUGUAUAGUUUGGAAAACUAAAAAUUCACACAGAUCACCAUGGAAUUCUUGCAGUCAUACGACUUGCUAAAAUACACUUAUUAUUUGAUAUCAAAAUGUUAUUUUAAAUACGUUUUAUCAGUUACAAAAAAUAAACAUUUAUAAAAA